AUGGAUGGAGCACGAGGAGCUGAUAUGCAUGCUCAAGAGUUCUUUCCGCUAAAGAGGAAGAGUAGUGAUUUUCUUGAUAAAUAUGUGAAUGGACAGGCCCAUGAAAUUGAAAACCAAGGUGAUCUGGAUGGCCGGUAUGAUCACUAUUUAGUUUCAAAGAAGUCCAGGCUGGUUCCCUCUUGCAGUAAUCAGUCUUUAGCACAGACUUUGAGGCUUGGGCUUGUGAGUGAGAUCAAUGGUAACAGUAACGUGCAGCCUAGUCAAUCGGAAACUGCUAAUAAUACUGAAAAGGUGUCUCGAGGUGCAUCUGGAAAUGGAAACCACGAUUACCUCUCAGUGGGUGUUGUCAAUGACGCUGAUUUAAGAGCGAGCAGUGUUGCACCCACUUUGAAAACCCAGAAUGUUGAUGAAGGGAAGAUUCACACGGUUGAUAACUUGCAUGAUAAUGAGCCUGCUAAUACCAUGGAACAUCUUUCCAAAGAAGAUAACGAAUUUGAUAACGAUGGAUAUGAUAAUGAGAGGCUCAAAGUUUCGGAGAAAGAAAGGAAUAUCCUAAACUCUCCCUGCAAAGUAAAUCAUGGUUCUUCACAAGUAUCUGAAUCGCCAGUACUAAAUCCCUGUGUAAAGUGUAACAAGGAGGGUUCACCAUUGUUUUGUAGCAGUAGUAAUUGCUCCUUGGGGAUUCAUGAGAACUGCUUGGGUUCCCCGGUCAAAUUUGAUGAUCAGGGUAACUUUUACUGCCCCUUUUGUGCAUAUGCUCACGCUCUUUCAGAGUACCGUAAAUGUACUGAAAGUGUCUCCUCGUUGAAGAAGGAAUUUCAUUCAUUUUUUAACAAAAAUGCUAGUCAUCGACCAUCGACCAAAGGAAAAGGCACUACCAUCCUAGAUAGUACAAACCAAAGGAACAUGCUGAGUAGUUACAAGGGCAAAGCACUAUCAUUCUGAAUAUGAUAGGUAUGAGGAUCCUGUUUACAGUCAUGAGGACGACAACUGAGGAUAGAUUGAAUCAUUCAAGGAAAAUGAAAAGGAUUAAGUGGUUAUAAGCAUCGAGAAUGACGUUCUGCACCCUGUCUUGAUCUCAGUAUGUCACAAUCAACGGGAGCAAAGGUGAUGUGGUUGCAUUUCACGUCAGAAGGGAGUGAAGGUGAAUGCUGGCACAUUAUUGGCACAGUUUCACAUGGAAAUGGAAGGACAUCCAAAGGUGGUUUAAGAUCGCCCCUUGAUGUUGAAAGUUUCUUCACGUCCUAGAAGCAUUUUGGACUGUUAUGUUACUUUUGCAGUUCGUAAGCGCAUUUUGGAGAUUCUUAAUUGAUAGAAAUCAUCAUCAACUUCAGAACCAGGACUGAAAACCCUUCUCUCUCUUUUUUCCUCUUUUUAUAUUAGAAUGUUGCUAUGGGGGACGCCAAUAACUGGCAGGGGAAGGUUUGCCUGUGUUUUCAGCGGACAAAAUGCGUUGAAUGCAUAUGUAGUACAAGGAGUGAUCGGAUUCACUCUAUGCAUACUACUCGGAGCUGCUUCAGAGUUGGGGGGUAAUGGGAGUUUAGGGUAAAUGUGAGUUAGUAACUUAGUAUGUGUGUAUAAGUGUUAUGAUUGUAUUGUAUGAUAUCUUGUGUACAUAAGGCACAGUUAAAUGUAGCAUUUGUGCACAAGUGUUGGGAACUUGGGAUUUGAUCAAAUCCCGUUGCUGCUAUUAACCACAUUAGCACAAUCCUUUGGAUUGCAAUUGUUUCUACCACAUAUGAUUCUCGUGCUUGUCAAGGUUUAUGUUUUAUAUCAUCAGGUAAUGUUACUGAAUUGUCAGAUUAGCAAAGAUUGGAUAGCAGAACAGUUCA